UGAGGUUCAGACGAAGAGUGACGCCGUUAUACUGAUCCGGAAGAAAAUUUCAUAUAAACUCUUAACAACUGACGCAAUGUAUAAAAGCUUGGUUAUUUUAUAACGGCUUUUAUAAGGAGUAGAAAAUGACCUUGUUCAGGCAAGCCCUACUCUUCACUUCUUCACGGCUGCCGUUUAUUUGCGGGGGGUGCAGGACAUAUUCUGCUCAAGCUGGAGCCGUCGAGCGGGUCAUUCCAGCGUUUCGCACUGUUAGCGGAGAUGAAGGGGUGUCUGUGGGCUCAGCUGUCAGAGAACAGCACGGCAGAGAUGAGUCUGUGCACAGAUGCCAACCACCAGAUGUGGUGGUGUUUCCUCGAUCUGUAGAGGAGGUCAGUGCCCUUGCCAAAAUUUGUCACCACCACCAACUACCCAUGAUCCCAUUUGGCACAGGGACAGGCCUGGAGGGAGGUGUUGGUGCUCUGAAGGGUGGAGUGUGUUUCAGUUUGAGAAAGAUGGACCAGGUUCUUGAUCUUCACCAAGAGGAUUUUGAUGUGACGGUGGAGCCAGGUGUGACACGCAAAGGCCUGAACUCAUACCUGCGUGACACUGGCCUCUGGUUUCCUGUCGAUCCAGGUGCCGACGCAUCUCUCUGUGGCAUGGCUGCAACUAGUGCAUCAGGCACCAACGCAGUCCGCUAUGGCACAAUGCGUGAGAACGUCCUGAACCUGGAGGUGGUUCUAGCAGAUGGAACGGUCCUCCACACAGCAGGGAAGGGCCGUCGUCCAAGAAAGACAUCUGCCGGUUACAACCUAACAAACCUUUUUGUGGGCUCGGAGGGAACUUUGGGUAUUAUUACCAAAACCACGCUUCGGUUGUUCGGUAUUCCUGAAAGUAUGGUAUCGGCUGUGUGCUCCUUUCCAUCCGUCCAAUCAGCGGUGGACAGCACCGUUCAGGUCCUGCAAGCUGGAGUGCCCAUUGCCCGUAUCGAGUUCUUGGAUGACGUGAUGAUAAACGCAUGCAAUCGCUUCAACAACCUGUCCUAUGCGGUCGCUCCCACCCUCUUUCUGGAGUUCCACGGGAGCUCCAAAAGCAUGGAGGAGCAAGUGUCCAUCACUGAGGACAUCACGCGGGAUAACGGAGGCUCAGACUUCGCCUGGGCAGAAGAUGAGGAGACUCGUGGCCGGUUAUGGAAAGCUCGUCAUGAUGCGUGGUAUGCUGCCCUGGCCCUGAGGCCUGGAUGUAAGGCAUAUUCUACAGAUGUCUGUGUGCCAAUCUCACGACUGCCUCAGAUUAUAGUGGAGACAAAAGAAGAUCUAAUCAGAAACAAUAUUACCGGUCCUAUUGCAGGUCAUGUGGGUGAUGGAAACUUCCAUUGUUUAAUAGUACUGGAUCCCAAUGACCCAGAUGAGGUGCAAAGGGUUCACUCCUUCACUGAGAGACUAGCCAGGAGGGCACUGGCGAUGGAUGGAACUUGUACCGGUGAACACGGGAUCGGCCUAGGAAAGAGGGCCCUGCUCAGAGAAGAGGUUGGUCCUUUAGCCAUAGAGGUCAUGCAGGGCCUCAAAGCCAGUCUGGAUCCCAAAAACCUCAUGAAUCCUGGAAAGGUGUUGUAAUUAAUGCAAACCAGCACAGAACCCUGAAGAAAAUACUCUGCAAUAGGCUUUCUGACCACUAGAUGUCAGGAGAAUGAGAUUAAAAAAAUGAUAAUCAUUUAAACUAGGUUGUUUACAAAAUCUGCACAUGCAAAACAUAAUUUUUGUGAAACGUGCAUGAGAUUUAAGCUCCUUGUGUGAUUAUUAAGGAGUAAAUAAUUUAUUAUUUAGUAUUAUUGUGAAUGCUUAGUAUUAAUGUACAGGGCUGAAUUUUCUAAGAGACUACUACUACUAAUAAUAAAAGUAUUAUUCCGUCCUUUUAUUUUGCUUUUCCAUGGCAAUCUCACACCACUUUGAAAAAUGAAUGAAUGUGAAAUCAUUGUGCCUUGGCAAACUUGUGUUUGGUUUGGCCAUUUACCCUUCUACAUUUCUGUGAAUAUAUUUAUUUAUAUAGAUAUAUUUGCUUCUAAAAAUAGAAUCUGUGAAGCUGAACUCAAAACAAGCUUAACGUGAUGCAGAAAAUAAACUGAAAAUAAUGUCUCUUGUUCUUUCUUAAGUGAUUGUUUUUUUGUGUGUAUUUGCAGUGGACUUAAUAAAAGAAAGCAACAUCUGA